CUGAGAUCCGGGCAGCGAGGUUAUCAUGCAUCGUGUUUUGCAUGUUGCACCUUUAUUCUUGACCAGCUAUUAUCCCAGGCGCACAGCUGCAGUGUUUCAUCGUGAUAUUGAUACAUUUGAGCCUUAUUAAGGUGAUCUGGAACUCCAGUCUAUACGCCAGAACUCUCUUCGUGCCCACGAUAUCCACUGGCAAGCCGGUGCUCUCUCGGAGAUGUCUGUCGAACCCCACAGCACAGCCGCUCUUCAUACCGAAGGACAUUUUGUUAUACCAAGCACAGGCAAGAAACGAUUGUCCUUGAAGCUUGGAUUUUCUUUCUUUCUCUUUGGACUCAUAAAUAACGUACUCUACGUCAUCAUACUUUCGGCUGCACUCGACCUCGUCCCUCCGUCGACACCUAAGGGCAUCAUUGCCUUUUGUAAUAUCGCUCCGGCCUUAAUUGUGAAGCUCGGGUGGCCGUACUUUCUCAAAGGUCGCAUACGUUAUGCUCGACGCAUUGUCGCCUGCUGCACGCUAAGCUUCAUAGGCAUGCUGGUCGUUGCCUUCCAUGAAAGCCUGUAUUCGAGGCUGCUGGGAAUAUGUCUCGCGUCGUUUUCGUCGGGUCUGGGAGAAAUGACCUUUUUGCAACUUUCGACAACAUACAGCCGUUCGGUAGGAGGUCGAAGCGUUGGAUACUUCGCCUCAGGUACAGGAGCUGCAGGUAUUGUCGGAGCAUUUAUGUGGUGGGAACUCAGGGGCCUGGGUGUCAGUACUGGUGUUGGCAUCUCAGCGGUUCUUCCAUUCGUCCUUCCUCUGGCAUACUUUUUCCUGCUCCCCCGUCCAGCAGCAUUCAUGCACCAGUCAUCCUCUACGUCAUACACGCUGGUCCCCGCUGACGAUCUUGAGACUGAAAUUGAUGAUGAUUUGUCUGCUCAAGAUGAUGUAGAAUCUCGUGUGGAGCCCAAGGUUACCGUCCGCUUAUCAGCCGCGGAUAAAUGGCGUCUAGUCAAACCGAUGUUAUUGAAGUAUAUGCUUCCACUAUUUUGUGUUUAUACCCUUGAGUAUACUAUCAACCAGGGUGUCGCACCGACUUUAUUAUUUCCCGUUCCGUCACACGGCCUCCUCAGCAAGAUCAUUCAUUCUACCCGCGACUACUAUCCACUUUGGCAGCUAGUCUACCAAACCACGGUCUUUUUCUCUCGCUCAAGCAUAUCUCUGGGCUUGAAAACCCUUCCGGCCCAUCUCCUUCCUGCUCCGGCUAUCAUCCAGUUCGCAAUACUGCUUCUGCUAGUAUUUGAAUCCGCUGUCGGGCUACUUCCAGAAGAUCGUGAGGCAGGAAGUAUAUUCCUGGUUUUCAUACUCAUCAGUAUUGAAGGCGUAUGCGGUGGUUUGGCAUACGUCAACGUGUUCUAUUGUAUCAAUCAAGAGCAACCGGAUCCAGCCUCGACGCACAAUCCCGAUGUCAUAAAGCAAGAGCGCGAGUUCAAGAUAGGUUCCAUUGGUUUUGCCGAUAGCUCUGGGAUUUUAUUGGCUUCAAUUCUCGCUGUACCAACGGAAAUGGAGCUUUGCAGAGCGCAAGUUACAAGGGGGAAGUACCUAUGCCAAGGGCUUUAGGUCUACGACCUACGAAAGACGUAUAGUUUAUAUACAACAUUUGAGCAGUAAUGACACACAAUGCGCUAGAGGAUAUCAAGAAACCGAAAGGAAUACUAGGUGGCCAAAUGAAAAUACUAGAGUACAGGAGCGGAGUUCUACGUCGGCCGACGCGGCGAGCCGACGUAAACAUUGAAUGACUGCCACGUCUCUUGCAGAUGCUGCUGGGAAACCGAUGGGUAUUCUGUAGGAGCUUGGGGUUGCUGGGACAUUUGGUACUGAUUUUCAUAGUACGAGGACUGAUAAUACGAAGUGCUUUCCUGCGCCUGAUACGACUGCUGUGCAGAUUCCCAAUAUGAUUGGGAGGGUCUUGCGUUGUAGUCACUAGAUGCGUAAGGAUCUGCAGUGCUGAAGGAUGAUGAUGACUGGUAUGGAUCAUGGAUAUGAUGACUAGGCUGUUCCUGGCUAUAGUAUUGCUGGGGCUGGGGCUGGGGCUGGGGCUGAGG